AUGGCGGCCACUGCAGUCGCCAACAGCUCACAUGCUGCCACAUUACCAUCGUCGCCAUAUCCCUUCGCAUUCGCACCCGACAUAAUACGAGCGCACCAAAAAGAUGCUUAUUUCCAAGGUGUGCUUACCAGCCAACUGACCGACCUGCAUCGUCGCCUGCUGGGAGCUCGAUCUGCGCACGGUUGGAUCGCCGAAUCGAAAACGAUUGCUGACCUCCUCUAUCUGUGCCUGACGACUUUGAUCGGCAACCGCACAUUGGGCGAAGAGUACUGCAACAUUGUACAAGUAGAGGGUCAGAGCGGUGCCCUACCAAAGCUCUCGAAACGAGCUGCCUAUAUUGCCGGCAGCAUAGUGCUGCCGUACGCACUAAGCAAGGUGUUGCCUCGGCUGAGAGCCAAGAUCAGGGUGCGCCUGGAGAGAAACAUUGCCAGGACACGGAUGCAAAGCGAGAAGAGGUUACAAUCGUGGAGCUUCAAGAUCCAGUCAUACAUCCACGCCAAUCUCGCGACCAUUACAAGCCCGGAAUCAGCAUAUGCUCUGAGCCUGGUAUUAUUCUACUUUAGUGGAUCAUACUACGAGAUCGCAAAGCGGUUGACCGGAUUGCGCUACAUAUUCACACAUAAGAUUGACGAGAAUGCGGAACGCAUUGGGUAUGAGGUGCUAGGUGUACUUCUGGUUGUUCAGUUCGCAGUGCAAGGCUAUCUCCACAUCAAAUCAACUCUAUCUGGUGCCCAGGUUGCGCAGGAACGGGAGCGACUUGCUUAUUCCGGGCCCGAUGUUUCGCUCAAUGAGCACGCCUAUAGCAGCAACAAUGCAUUGUUGGCAGCAGCUGGCUCAAGCAAGUCUCAAACCCAGGUCGACCUCGCAGCCGCAACCCACACACCGAUCCUGGGCAGACCACACUACGAUUUGGCACAGGAGAAAACCAUGGGUUGGAUCAAGGGUGCUCAGCAGAGGAAGUGCACCUUGUGUCUUGAGGAGCUCAAGGAUCCAUCGGCGACGCAAUGCGGCCACGUAUUCUGUUGGGAGUGCAUCGGAGACUGGGUACGAGAGAAACCCGAGUGCCCACUUUGCAGACGUGAAUGUCUGGUGCAACACAUAUUGCCUUUAAGGACGGUAUAA